CCGGGUCUUCCUGGUCUCCCAGGUCCGGGCCGCCCUGGCUUUCCAGGUCUUUCGGGUCUCCCGGGUCUUCCAGGUCUCCCAGGUCCGGGCCGCCCUGGCUUUCCAGGUCUCCCGGGUCUUCCAGGUCUCCCAGGUCCGGGCCGCCCUGGCUUUCCAGGUCUUUCGGGUCUCCCGGGUCUUCCUGGUCUCCCAGGUCCGGGCCGCCCUGGCUUUCCAGGUCUUUCGGGUCUCCCGGGUCUUCCUGGUCUCCCAGGUCCGGGCCGCCCUGGCUUUCCAGGUCUUUCGGGUCUCCCGGGUCUUCCAGGUCUCCCAGGUCCGGGCCGCCCUGGCUUUCCAGGUCUUUCGGGUCUCCCGGGUCUUCCAGGUCUCCCAGGUCCGGGCCGCCCUGGCUUUCCAGGUCUCCCGGGUCUUCCAGGUCUCCCAGGUCCGGGCCGCCCUGGCUUUCCAGGUCUCCCGGGUCUUCCAGGUCUCCCAGGUCCGGGCCGCCCUGGCUUUCCAGGUCUUUCGGGUCUCCCGGGUCUUCCUGGUCUCCCAGGUCCGGGCCGCCCUGGCUUUCCAGGUCUUUCGGGUCUCCCGGGUCUUCCUGGUCUCCCAGGUCCGGGCCGCCCUGGCUUUCCAGGUCUUUCGGGUCUCCCGGGUCUUCCUGGUCUCCCAGGUCCGGGCCGCCCUGGCUUUCCAGGUCUUUCGGGUCUCCCGGGUCUUCCUGGUCUCCCAGGUCCGGGCCGCCCUGGCUUUCCAGGUCUUUCGGGUCUCCCGGGUCUUCCUGGUCUCCCAGGUCCGGGCCGCCCUGGCUUUCCAGGUCUUUCGGGUCUCCCGGGUCUUCCUGGUCUCCCAGGUCCGGGCCGCCCUGGCUUUCCAGGUCUUUCGGGUCUCCCGGGUCUUCCUGGUCUCCCAGGUCCGGGCCGCCCUGGCUUUCCAGGUCUUUCGCGUCUCCCGGGUCUUCCUGGUCUCCCAGGUCCGGGCCGCCCUGGCUUUCCAGGUCUUUCGCGUCUCCCGGGUCUUCCAGGUCCGGGCCGCCCUGGCUUUCCAGGUCUUUCGCGUCUCCCGGGUCUUCCUGGUCUCCCAGGUCCGGGCCGCCCUGGCUUUCCAGGUCUUUCGCGUCUCCCGGGUCUUCCUGGUCUCCCAGGUCCGGGCCGCCCUGGCUUUCCAGGUCUUUCGGGUCUCCCGGGUCUUCCUGGUCUCCCAGGUCCGGGCCGCCCUGGCCUUCCACGUCCGGGUCAACCGGGCCUUCCACGUCCGGGUCAACCGGGCCUUCCACGUCCGGGUCAACCGGGCCUUCCACGUCCGGGUCAACCGGGCCUUCCACGUCCGGGUCAACCGGGCCUUCCACGUCCGGGUCAACCGGGCCUUCCACGUCCGGGUCAACCGGGCCUUCCACGUCCGGGUCAACCGGGCCUUCCACGUCCGGGUCAACCGGGCCUUCCACGUCCGGGUCAACCGGGCCUUCCACGUCCGGGUCAACCGGGCCUUCCACGUCCGGGUCAACCGGGCCUUCCACGUCCGGGUCAACCGGGCCUUCCACGUCCGGGUCAACCGGGCCUUCCACGUCCGGGUCAACCGGGCCUUCCACGUCCGGGUCAACCGGGCCUUCCACGUCCGGGUCAACCGGGCCUUCCACGUCCGGGUCAACCGGGCCUUCCACGUCCGGGUCAACCGGGCCUUCCACGUCCGGGUCAACCGGGCCUUCCACGUCCGGGUCAACCG